AUGAACUUCCUCAAGCGGGGGUUCAAGGCUGCCAAGACGUUCGUCUUCGGGGACGAAGACGAGGACGAAUACUCGGACGGCAGCAACGGCGGUUUCUCCACCAAGAGGGAGGUGGCGGUGGAGCGGAGACGGAUCCCGGUGGUGCAGUACGCGGUGUCGAGCCUCACCGGGGCUCACAUGGGCGGCAUCCAGUCUCUAUCUUGGUUUACGCGCUCGAUGUUCAGGGACGACGACGGGGACGUGGCAGAGCAGUUCAUCGACGGGGAGGCCGGAGAGACCAAGGUGGGUGAAUGUGCCGGUGAUGAGGACGAGGCACGGGCGGGUAAGGUUAGCUAUAGAGAGGCGAGGGUGGAGGUCGAACGAGUACUCGAUGGCAACGUUCUCCUAAAAAAUUCGUUCGAUGAGGUCCAGAUGGACUGA